AGUGGGACUUGUAGUCUCUCUUUCCUCUCUAGGGUUUGUCUUUCCAGCCAACGCUUACACCCACCUCAGACUCUGGAUUGAUAUAUCUGGCUCCCACGACUCAGCUCGGUGGGCCCUUCCCCUGCCUCACUUGCCCAGUUUCUGCCCAAAGGAAUCGUAGCAGCCAGCGCCUCAGAACAGGCUUAAGACAGCGCCGAAUGAGGGGGAAAGGGAAAUGCCGACCAAUUGCGCCGCCGCGGGCUGUGCUACUACCUACAACAAGCACAUUAACAUCAGCUUUCACAGGUUUCCUCUGGAUCCUAAAAGAAGAAAAGAAUGGGUUCGCCUGGUUAGGCGCAAAAAUUUUGUGCCAGGAAAACACACUUUUCUUUGUUCAAAGCACUUUGAAGCCUCCUGUUUUGACCUAACAGGACAAACUCGACGACUUAAAAUGGAUGCUGUUCCAACCAUUUUUGAUUUUUGUACCCAUAUAAAGUCUAUGAAACUCAAGUCAAGGAAUCUUUUGAAGAAAAACAACAGUUGUACUCCAACUGGACCAUCUAAUUUAAUAUCAAACAUUGGUAGUCAGCAAGUACUACUUGAACACAGUUAUGCCUUUAGGAAUCCUAUGGAGGCAAAAAAGAGAAUAAUUAAACUGGAAAAAGAAAUAGCAAGCUUAAGAAGGAAAAUGAAAACUUGCCUACAAAAAGAACGCAGAGCAACUCGAAGAUGGAUCAAAGCCACUUGCUUGGUGAAGACUUUAGAAGCAAAUAACAUAUUACCUAAGGGCACAUCAGAACACAUUUUACCAACUGCCUUAAGCAGUCUUCAGGAUUUCAAGAUUCUUGAACAAGAUCAACAAGAUAAAACGUUACCAAUUCUCUAAAUCUAAAACAGAAAAAGAGUACCUUCAUUUAAGAUUACCUGCAUAUAACUUGAUGCCCAUCCUUCAUUCUAUUCAAAGGUAAAGACAUUUAAGAACAUUAUGCCAAAAUUGGGUAUUUAAUAAAGUUUUACUUGAAGUAACAUUAUUACUGUAUAAUUUAUGAAGACUUGAUUACCAAAAAAUGGAAAACUUUUUAUUAAACUUUUAUUUGAAAAAGAACAGAAGUGCCUUACAUGAGAAUUACAUAAAAAUUUUGCUAGGAUGUUGUAUGUUUGCAAGAUGUGUUGUGUUUUUGUCUUUUUAAACUACUUUUAAAAGAACAGUCUAUGACAAGUAAUAUGUUUAAUUUAAUUAGAAAAAAAUUUGUGUACCGAAGUUGGGAUAUUAUAUUCUAAAUAAGAUGCUAAGUAGAAGUUAACCAACAUUAAAUAUGACUUUAAAACUGCUGGGUUUUGUAUUAAUUAAAUUAUUAUUGGCACUGUGAUUUGGAAACUACAAAAAAAAGCCUAAGGUACAGGGCAACUUUUUAAACUUUCUGUAUCUUUUUACCAGUAAAAGUCCCUCAUAAAAAUAUCAGCUUUUAAAUCAGAUUGUAAAAUAUUUUGAAAAUAUUUUUGAAUGUGAAGUACCCUUGAGUCAUCCAAAUUUGGGAGGGCAUUGAGUACCUCAGUCUAGUAAAAGAUGGUAACUAAUUAUAUUCACUUUCUAAGAAAAUAUGUUGUGAAAUAGAAAUCGGGAUGUAGCUUUUACCUUAAUUAAACAAAAAGAUAACUUUAUAUACUAUUUUACUCAUAAUAAAAAUAAAACAUUUUUUUAGGGUUGGCCGGU